AUGUCGCAGCGGCGAGGCAGCGAAGAGGGCUCUCCAGGGCCCUCCAGAAACCAACCUCCGCCUGGUGCAUACCCGCCUCUAAAUACGGGUCUUAUCCCUCGAGAUUACCUAGCGCGAUCCGACAUGGCUACACGCCCCCAUAUCUCACCUUCCCCUCUACAAACCAACUCACUCCCUCAGUCCUAUCGACGCGACGAUUCCCCCAUCUCUCAGAGUCCGCUUUCUCCACGAUCGACCGCCAACUCCUCUCCGUCCCAAAACCGAUCGCCUAUAUCUCGUAUAGCCAAUGCGCCGUUCCCAGCACCCCCUUCCAACUCUGGCCAUCCCAUGUCCCAGUCCCCCGAUAUGGUGGGCGCGGACCAGUUGGAUAUGCCCGUUAGGCAUGGCGAUGGGGAUAUUGCCAAACCGCCUGGUGCGUCCGAGCCCGAUCGCUCCGCGCCGUCACCUGUCAGCUCUGUGCUGUCGGCACCCGGAGACCGUCCAACUCCCCGCGUCAUGCCUCGCACCUCGUCGAUUGACUCGGCGAUUUCUUCGUUGUCCUCUGCCUCCCAGCGAUCGACCUUCGAUGCCAAGUCCUUGAGCCCGGCUGAUAUCAGUAACCUUAUAACUGCUGCUGGCUCUGCGGAGGCGGUAAUUUUGCACCUCCUGAAGGAGAAACACCAAGCAGCAUCGCAGAAUUCUCAGCUCUGGAAGUUGGUUGACAAACAGCGGACGCUGAUUUUGGGGCUCAACAAGGAUCUGGAUCGUGCGUUCAAAGAGAAGGAAAAAUAUAAAAAGAAACUCAAGGAUCUACAGGACUCUGCGCCUCCAGUGCCAGCUGUUGAUACUUCAAUCCCGCGAACGAUCUUGGCUGACACGGAUCCCCGUGCUAGCCAGACCACCAUCGUUCCGAGUAGCGAGAACAAGGGUGGAGAGCGAGGGAUUGAACAGUCAACAGCUGUUCCCCCGAUUGCGACGUCUGGGCUGCCUCGAGGAGGAACCGAGGCAAGUCCUCGCUCAGCAGGCAGUCUUUCAUCCCCUAUUGGACCCGACGGGCAGAAGCUACCACAUCCAAUUCGCAAGCCACCGCCAGCACCCUUGAACCUGCGACAAGGUGGCCAUCCUCGUGAAGAGAUUGUCGACGCUGAUUCCGACUCCGACUACGGUGAUGGACGAGACGCGGAGGAAAGGUCGAGUUCGGACCGUGGAAGGAGAAAAACACGUGAAGAAGAUGAUCGAGACCGCGAGACUGGCCUGCAGAAAGAUAUGGGCGCACAAGGUUCCGUGGGUGCAGCCAAAUUCGAGGUCCCCUAUGGCUCGCAGGAUCGUGGCGGUAACCCGAUGGUCUCUCGUGAGCUAGUAACGAGAUCGCCACCAAAUGUCGGCGCAACCGGGUCCCUGGGAUCGGUCCUGAAUUCCCGACCCACCCCCUCGGCUUCGAAUGGGCGCACUAUGGUUUCUAUGGUUUCUAUGGCUUCUAUGCCGAAAAGCCCAGGUCUGCCAAUGAGCCCACGGCCAGAGGAUCGACCUAUCGGGUCCCCGCUGCCACGAAUGCCCCGAGAUUUUGCAGCUCAGGCAGGCUAUAACCUCGGAGGUAUACCUAUAUCUCCAAGAGCGUCAAACUACCCGACCAGUUUUGCAGAUGCUCAGUCCAUGAACGGGAGACCCGGGGGUCCAAUUCCCUCGAUUGAUCCCACGGUCAAGAUUGACAGCCCGAGAUCCGCACGGUUCCCGAAUACUUCCAUCUAUCAAGGCCUAGUGUCGGAUGAAUAUCCCGGCCUUCUUCUCCCACCAAAUGCCCUCCCGCUUAUUCAGGUUCGGGUGUCCUCCUCCCGGCUACGACCGUCUAGGAAUAGCUAUAUGGUGUCCAAGCCAUUGGACGAGGAACCAGUUUUCACCCUGAGCGUCAUCUCCAGAUCUGAGAUGGCGGAGCUUUGGCGCGUGGAGAAAGUUAUAGCAUCUCUCCCUCAGUUAGAUCACCAGAUCCGACAGUUGGCCUCUUUUGCUGGAAAAUUGCCUGAUCGUACCAUUUUCAGCGGCCAUUCCCCGGCCAAGGUGGAUGCACGCCGCGCCGCACUGAACACAUACUUCGACAGCCUUUUGGAUACUCCUAUGGAUGAGAGAGCGGCAUUGGUUAUUUGCCAGUUCCUCACUAAUGAUGCCAUCGAGCCUCGUGACGAUGAGACCAGCCUUGUAAAGGGUUCUGGCCAAGCGAAACAGGACAUGCCCAGAGGACCGGAUGGCAAACCCAGAAAGGAAGGUUAUUUGACCAAGCGAGGCAAGAACUUCGGCGGUUGGAAGGCCCGUUACUUCGUGCUGCAUGGGCCGGAGCUGAAGUACUAUGAGGCUCCUGGUGGCCCUCACAUGGGAACUAUCAAGCUCCUUCAUGCACAAAUUGGCAAGCAGUCUCAAAACUCCACCAGUCAAAGCAAUUCGCCCCCAGGCACUGAGGAGGACACUGACAAUCAGUAUCGCCAUGCAUUCCUUAUCCUGGAACCGAAGAAGAAAGAUUCAUCUGCUCUUGUGCGCCAUGUGCUUUGUGGUGAGAGUGAUGAGGAGCGCGAUCAAUGGGUGGAUGCGUUGAUGGAGUACGUGGAAGCGCCUUCUUCGGACAAUGAGAGCCGCGGAAAUGCAUCAUCGAAGCAGACCCAAUCCAAAUCUUCUAGUGCUGGGUCCAAGAACAAGGGCUCCAAGGACGGGAACAAACGACCAGGCCGUGGAGUUGAUAGUCCCGACCAAGAAGGUGGAGGUGCUGUGCAAGGAUUUAGUUUCGAUGAUACUGUUGCAGCUGAGCCUCCUAUCAUCGGUUCUUCCCUUGAACAGGCCCCUCGAUCUCCACACAUCCCCGGCCUGUCCACCGACUUCCGAGACUUGAACCAGUCUGCGGCUGACCCGACCAUGCAGUCGCCCAAGAUUAUUUCGGGACCUACCAAUGCCACGGUAAUCCAGGAUGUGGGAGCCUGGGGUAACAAGCCGACGGCUACAACUACGUCGGUCAAGGAGAAAAAGCGCAGCAUCUGGGGCUUCCGCACGAGAUCAUCCUUUGACCUGGCUGCACAGGCUAGCGAGACAGCCGCACCAGUCGAGCGCAGGGAGAACGUCAAGCCUGUCUUCGGUAUUCCCUUGGCGGAAGCUGUUCAGGAUUGCGGUCCGAUUGGCGUUGAGGCAGAUCUCCCUGCUGUGGUCUAUCGCUGCAUCGAAUACCUGCAUUCUAAGGAUGCCGCCUUGGAAGAAGGCAUUUUUCGCUUGAGUGGCUCUAAUGUUGUGAUCAAGGCAUUGAAAGAGCGGUUCAAUAAUGAAGGAGAUGUUGAUUUCUUGACCGGAGAUCAGUAUUAUGAUGUUCAUGCUGUCGCAUCUCUCUUCAAGCAAUAUCUGCGUGAACUUCCGACAACAGUGUUGACUCGGGAGCUCCACUUGGACUUCCUUCGUGUUCUUGAACUCGAUGAUAAGCAGAAGAAGGUCCUUGCCUUCAAUGCGCUGGUCCACCGACUGCCAAAGCCGAACCUUUCACUGCUGCGAGCACUCUCGCUGUUCUUGAUUGAGAUUGUCAACAAUUCGGAUGUGAACAAGAUGACCGUCCGAAAUGUGGGCAUUGUCUUUGCUCCCACGUUGAAUAUCCCGGCACCAGUGUUCUCGAUGUUCCUCACCGACUUUGAUAGCAUCUUUGGGGAUGCUGGCUCCAACUCACCAGCUCCAGCUGUAGAGUUGACUGUGGAACACAGUCUAUCGCCUGACGAUGUUCGGUCACCCCGCCACCAAAUGUUCUCAGACAUCCCAACCCCUUCUUAUAAUCAGACCUCCUUCCGUGGCCCUGGCGAUGGCUCGGGUGGUCAUGUUGACAAUUCUCGUGCUCCACACGAGACGGGCUUCAUCCCAAUGCAGCCCUCUUACGAACAACCGGGUUAUAGGAAUGAUGCCUACAACCAGCACCCCGGAGCACCGAGUCAAUACCACUCAUUGAAUGGGAUGUUGAACCCGAACUCGGACGAUACUCGUUCAGCCAAGGCCAAGAGGCGGGAAAGCUCCAUGCUUUUUAUGGAGAGCACACCAGAUGACUAUUCUCUCCACCAGGGCAAUAAAUAA